UGGGUCUCCCGUUCUUGAGCCCUAAAGAAACUAAUUUAGGGUUUUGCUGUGGCUUAUAGAUUUUCGGUGAUUUAAUCUCUUUAUUGUUUGAGGAGAGGCCAUGCCGACCUUUACAGCCAUCGCCCUUGAUAGGUUUCUGGAACCGAGUGCUACAGGAGUUUCGAAAUCCAUCGGUAAACCUCCCAAUCUGAAGCUGGAGAGAAAACAUUCAUCGACGGAAACGAAACAAACGCAGUUGCCACAGAUAUCUCCAGCGCUCUAUGCCACCCCUGCGGUAACCCCUGUCCCGGAUUCUUCAUCAUCCUCAUCCUUCCCUCCCUCUCCUUACAUCAUCAAUCACAAACGGCGUGGUCCCCGUCUGCUCAAGAGCGUCUCUCAAGACAACGUCUCCUUGGACCAACAAGCUCCUGAAGGAGGUAUCACCGUUGAUGAGAAUGGAAGAAACACAGACAGUACCGCUAUUGGUUCCGCCGAAGAUGUUCUCCCUCCUGCUACUGUUACUAUUUGCAGUCCUCAUAAUGAGGGGAUGGGUCAGAACGGUUUCCAUGACGAGGAUAUCAGAAGCAGUAAUUUUGAUAGCAAUUUGGUUAGAACCGAGAAUUCGUCAUCAAAGUUGGUGGCGUUGAACUUGGAGAGAGACUCUGAGUGUGAAGAUUUCUUUGAUCCUCAGGAUUCCAUUAGUAUCAGCAGCAAUAAUGAUUUGGAACUGGACAAUAGUGGGGGUGAGCGCUCGUUCAGGUUGACUACUCCAAGAGCGGAAUAUUAUGAUGCUUGGGAAGAACUCUCUAGUGAGGGGGGCCCGCUGUCAUCUUUUCGUGACAUGGAAGCUGAAUUGCGUGAGAUAAGACUGAAUUUGUUAACAGAGAUUGAAAAGCGGAAGCAAGCAGAGGAAGCCCUCAAUAAUAUGCAAAAACAGUGGCAGAGGAUCAGGGAACAAUUAUCCCUUGUGGGGCUGACAAUCCCUCCAGUUUCAACCAUUGCUGGAGAGGAUGAAAAUUUGGAUCUUGAUCCUGUGGAAGAGCUUUGCCAGCAGAUAAAUAUUGCACGGAUGGUAUCCAAUUCUGUAGGGAGGGGCACAGCGAGGGCAGAGGUUGAGAUGGAGAUGGAAUCUUGGAUUGAGUCAAAAAACUUUGAAAUUUCUCGAUUGUCGGACCGGCUACAUUAUUAUGAAGCUGUGAAUCAUGAAAUGUCUCAGAGGAACCAAGAAGCUGUUGAGGUGGCUCGGCGUCAAAGGCAAAAAAGUAAAAUAUUGCGAAGGUGGGUUUGGAGCUCAAUAGGCACUGUCAUUGCAGUCGGUGCUGUGGGCCUAGCAUGGUCUUACCUCCCAACAGGAAGAGAAUCAUCGUGCUCCAUGCCUUCUCAAGCUCUUGAUGGUGAUGAUGCAACCAUGCCAUGAGCUUCCUGUAAAAUGAAUGAUGAUGAUAAUGAUGAUGAUACCAUUUUCUCAGUGAAACUAAGAGUGGAGGAAGGUCAAAUACAUUGGCCUUUCAUCAGUUACACUGUUUUCUCUUACUAGAUAAUGUGUGAAAGCACAAAUUUGUGUAAGCAGUUAAGAACCACUAGUACCUCCUUCCUUGCAAUGUGCAACAAGUCAGGCAUUUGCACCAAUUUUUGUAGCUUUAAUUUAUCUUGGUUUAUAAUGCUCUGUAGAAUCAGUUUGAACCUUGCUGUGCA